CCUAUUAUUAUGGAUAUAAGAAGGUAGAUGGAUCAGUUCUUCAUCCGCACAGAAAUGUGUCAUGCCGGUGAUGGCGGGGUUCGAGACUCCUAACAACUGUAAAUGUCGGAAGGGACUCAAUUUGCAUAGCAAACAUAGUUCAGCCGACAAAACUUCAGCACGUUCAUCACUUUGGUGUCAGAAAAUAUUGUCGGGGUCGGCCCAGAAAAAGUUGAAAUGGGCAACAAAAAAUUAUGCAUGGGCCCAAGCUCAAUUAUUUUCCCUCCAUAGAGCGAAAGAUUCCCAACCACACGAAUGACCACCUCAGACGUUGUCGUCAUCAUCUUCUUCCACGUUCCUUUCAGCUCUGUUCAGAGUAGAGCAGAGAGCGGUAGCAGAAGAAGAAGGAAGGGAGGUGGUGGUCUGGGCGUUGAUGGCGCUCGCAAGCUGCAAUCUCACGGCUUACUUCAGCCGCUUCAGCCCUCAGGCUGAGGCCUCUUCUCAGCCCUCGCUUUUCAAGUCCCUCAAGCCCCCACUUUUUUGGCCAUGGGAAAAGGUGAAGAUAGGCCCGAUGAGCGUAUCGCCAAUGGGGUUCGGGACAUGGGCAUGGGGGAACCAGCUUCUGUGGGGUUAUCAGGAGUCGAUGGACUCCGAGCUUCAAGAAGUGUUCGACUUGGCUGUGGAGAAUGGGAAUAACCUUUUCGAUACUGCUGAUUCUUACGGGACUGGGAAGCUUAACGGGCAGAGCGAAAAGCUUCUCGGGAAGUUCAUAAGAGAUGCUGAAGGGAAACAAAAGGUUCGGGAUGAGAUCGUGAUCGCUACGAAGUUUGCAGCAUAUCCCUGGCGCCUCACACCCGGGCAGUUCGUAAACGCCUGCAAGGGCUCACUGGAGAGACUUCAGAUCGAGAAAAUUGGGAUCGGGCAGUUACACUGGUCGACUGUGAAUUACGCACCUCUACAGGAGCUAGCUCUUUGGGACGGUUUAGUGGCGAUGUACGAGAAGGGUUUAGUUCGGGCGGUCGGGGUGAGCAAUUACGGACCAAAGCAGCUUGUGAAGAUACACGAUUACCUUCAAGCACGGGGAGUUCCCCUUUCUUCUGCUCAGGUGCAGUUUUCGCUGAUCAGUAUGGGAGAAGAUCAGUUCGAAAUAAAGAGCAUCUGCGAUUCUCUGGGUAUUCGUUUGAUUGCAUAUAGCCCUCUUGGCCUCGGAAUGCUGACGGGGAAGUAUUCGCCCUCAAACUUACCGAGUGGACCACGUGCCUUGCUUUUCAGGCAGAUCCUUCCCGGAUUAAAGCCUUUGCUGAGUUCCCUUGAGGAGAUUGCGAGGAGGCGGCAAAAAACUAUCCCACAGGUCGCUUUGAAUUGGUGCAUCUGCAAGCGAGCAAUCCCAAUACCCGGAGUCAAGACAGUCAAGCAAGUACAGGAAAACUUGGGUGCUUUGAGUUGGCGCCUCAGCAACGAUGAAUUGCUCCAACUGGAAUCUGCUGCAAGGGAGUCUCCUACGAAAAUGAUCCAGAACAUCUUUCAGACAAGAUAG